AUGGCACAGAAUCUUGCUGAGACUGUUCGCAACAUUGCGCAUCUGUUUCAAGAACCCAUCAAGCCACACGCUAUCAGACGGGCAUCGUCAGCUGAUAGCAUCUAUUCUCUACGCAUCUGUGAGGUAUCCUUCGAGGAAACUCUUGAAUCUCUCGCAAACCUCUCGCUCCCCGACACCAACGACCAGGAGCAAGGCAUCUUCGAGCUGGACACCAGCCUCAACAAGAGCCUCGCUCCCAGCCGAUGUGAGCGAGUGCAUCUGGAGUCGAGCUAUGAGGAGGGCGGAGAGGAGCGGUACGUGAGGCGAGGGCGAUGGGAGGGCGUACGGGGGGAGUACAAUCGAAGCAUAGCGAUGUCAGCCAUCGAGUAA